AUGACGCACGACGGGGAAGGAGCUGCAUCCCCUCCUCAACGGUAUGCGGUGGUGGCGCCCCCUCCCCUUGCAGAUCCUGUGGUGUGGUACCUAGCUGGAGGAGAUGAUUUCCUUGCUGUUCUGACAAUUCCCACGUCCAGCCCAAGUGUGAAGUUCCAACGUUGUAGGAACAUGGGGUUACGGUAA